CCCUUCCCGCCCUUGAGCCGCUUACUUUUUUCCACCGGCGCCUGCGCACGUAUAAAUACGCUACGCGGCGAAAUGAGAGCAAUCAGUAGCCCUCGAGCAGUCUACCACAGAAGUGCACGAUGAGAUUUCUGAUUGUUGCCGCCGUCCUCGCCUGCGCCGCCGCAGCGCCCUCGGGCCUGCUGGCUGGUCCCUACGGUCAUGGUCUGAUCGGCCAUGGCGCGCCUCUGGCUUACGGCCAUGGCGCCCCUCUGGCUUACGGCCACGCCGCCCCUCUGGCUGUGGCUCACGCCGCCGUCCCCACCAUCUCCCCCGGUGACAUCCAGGGCGCCGCCAUCGACGCUCAUGUCGAAGCCGCCGACCACGUCCGCGCCGCCGUCGAUGCCACCCGCGAAUACCACGACCAGGCUGCUGAGCUCCACGGACAGGCCAUCAACGCCGCCGAGGAUCACUCGUGGCAGGCAGUUGAUGCCGUGAAGACCCAUGAAGCUCAGAUUGAUGGUGCCACCGCCGGUGUUGCGCCCAUCCUCGCUAAGCAGCUGGCCGGUCACGCCGGAGUGUACGCCGCCGCCGCCCCCGCGCUCGCGCACGCCGCCUACGCCGCUCCCAUCGCGCACGGCGCGCCCGUGCUCGCGCACGCCGGUCCCCUCGCGCACGCUGGUAUCGCCCACGGCGGCAGCCACUCCGUGUCCACCCAGUCCCUGCACCAGACCCACCCCGCCCCGCUCGUGCACGCCCCCGUGAUCGCUCACGCCGCCCCCGUCGCGUACGCCGCGCACGCCGGCUACGGCCACGCCGGACUCGCCCACGGACUAGCGCACUGGUAAACUGUGAUAGUAUGUUUAAUACCAAAAAAUAUCUAAUACUCAAUUGUUUGUAUUGUCAAUGUAAAUUAAUAAAAAAAAAAACAGGCAAUAGAGGCGAGGAUGUGUGAAUAAAUGAAAUAGUAUUUUAUAAAACCA